AUGCAGUCGGCCGGAAAUGGACCAAGUGCCGCGGUUCGGGGUAGUGCCGCGAGUCUGGGCAGCGUCGCGACGCCCGAAAUAGAGCGCGUCGGCAUAAAAGUGCCGCCGUUUUGGCCGGAGCAGCCCGAAAUCUGGUUUUGCCAGGUGGAGGGCCAGUUUGUGUUGAGUGGCAUCACGAUGGACUCUACAAAAUUUUAUUAUGUCAUGUCCCACCUUGACCCCAAGUACGCGGUGGAGGUCAAGGACGUUCUAGAGUUUCCGCCAGCGACCGAGAAAUAUGAGACCCUGAAAAGGGAAUUGAUCCAACGGCUGUCUUCGUCGCAGACACAGCGAAUACGACAGCUGCUGGAAAAAGAGGACAUGGGGGACCGGACACCGUCCCAGUUCCUGCGUCACAUGCAGGGGCUGGCAGGUAAAACUGUAUCGGAGGAUUUCCUGCGGACGCUGUGGGCCAGCCGAUUACCGCCGAUGACGAGGGCCAUCGUCAGCGCACAGGCCGACCUGCCGCUAGGGAAACUGGCGGAAAUAGCCGACCAAAUCCACGAGGGGACGAACCAGCCCCAGAUAGUCGCCGUUGCAGCAGCCCAUGGAGCUACGACGCAAGACAGCGUCAUGGAGAAGUUGUGCCUCCAGGAACCGCCGGAGAUCAAAAUCGCGGAGGAGAAGCCAAUCCCCCCAGCAGAUGGACCACUGCUGGUAUCACCGGACGUUCGGGGACAGGUCGACGAAGUGCCGACAGCCGUGUGCGUACACGUCGGGAAACUCGACCACCCAGCACUGAACGCGGCAGUCAGUGAUGGACCACGUACCUGCCGCCUUUUCGUCCUCGACCGGGCUCGAAACGAAGAUUACUUGGUCGAUACGGGGUCGGACCUGUGCGUUUAUCCGCGCUCGUUCAUCAAGGGUCCGCUCCCCAAGACCAAGUACGAGCUCUUCGCUGCCAACGGGUCGAUUAUCCCGACGUACGGGUUGAAGCCAGCGAGUCUCGACCUGGGACUCCGACGCGCCUUCGUUUGGAGGUUCGUCGUCGCCGACGUUUCGAAGCCGAUCAUCGGCGCCGACUUCCUGGCGCACUUCAGCCUCCUGGUCGACCUCAAAGGGAAGCAGCUCCUCGACAGGACGACAACGCUGACCACGACGGGAAGGGUCGCCGCCGUCGACGUACCGUCGGUCAAGGCCAUCGUCGGGGACUCUCCCUACGAGGGAUUAUUGGCGGAAUUCCCAGCCCUCCUGUGCCCGACGAUCCACGGUGGACGGCAGGUAAAGCAUGACGUAGUUCACCAUCUACAAACGACCCCAGGACCUCCGGUAUUUUGCAAACCGCGCCGGCUAUCGCCGGAGCUGUUUAAAACAGCCAAAGCGGAAUUUGAGGAUCUAUUGAAUCUCGGUCACAUCCGUCCUUCUAAGAGCCAGUGGGCUUCCGCCCUGCAUAUGGUUGCUAAGAAGGAUAACGGAUGGAGACCCUGUGGAGAUUAUUGA